CUUUAAUGAUGGAAUCCGGUGAUACAAAUGAUCCGAAGGUUAUUGAUGCAGAAGAUACAACGGAGACUGUUGAGAAGUUGGAACACACAUCAACUCCUGCUGGCAGCGAAACGUACAGUUCGGAUCAAGAAAGCUUCCAGUUAUCCGACGACCCAUCUUUGGAGAAGACAAGUUCAUCUAGUCGAAAAUCUUCUGCAGCCCCAUCCAAUGCCCAGGCAUAUCGACCACCUUUAUGGGCUAUGAUUUGUCCUGCUGAUGCAGUUUAUCGAUUGGAAGUGAUUAAAAAUGGCAUACCACUACCUGAAUGCACAGUCAACUUAACAAACGAUUCAACAUCAAUAUCGGCAUCAGACAGUGCUGGUGUAGAAGAACUGAGCUUUUGCCUUUUCGGGCGUCAGCCGGAGAAUUUCUACGCACCUUUUAAUCGUUUACAUGGACAAUGUGUGGUGAUGGCUCAUCCGUCUAUCAGCCGACUACAUGCGGUGCUCCAAUAUGGCCGACCACCACUGUCUAUCGCCAAGACUUCUGCUGCACAUGUAGAUUCGCCCGGUUGGUAUUUGCAAGACCUAGAUAGCACUCAUGGCACUUUUGUUAAUAAGCGCCGUCUACCAUCUGGUCGGUUUGUGCGAAUUCACGUUGGUCACGUGAUCCGCUUUGGGUGCAGUACACGAUUAUAUUUGCUCUCAGGUCCGGAUGAGGAUACUGAACAGGAGAGUCCACAGUCAUGGACAGAGUUGAAGCAGGCGUUUUACGCUCGAAAAUUGGCGCAAGAACAACAACUUAAUAAAUUAACCGGCUUAACGACAACCCAAGAUGUUGAUCCCGGAUGUGAUUGGGGCUUUUCAGCUGAGGAACCCUGCGAUGACGGAGCCAAUUUUCUCGCCAAUAUCAAAGGCGCUGCUUGUUUAUCUCAUGAGAAUUUAUAUUUGGAUGACCCGAAGCGUGCUUUACGGGCCUACUUUGAACGUGAAGGUAUUGAGCCAGCACCAGAGUUUGAAUUUGUGGAAGCUGCAUUCGGAAAACAGCAUUGCCGUAUUGAAUUGCCAUUGGACUCUGGAACCAUCACAGCCGAAGCUAUUGUGUCCGGGAAGCGGAAGGAGGCUAUUGCGGCUUGUGCACUCGAGGCUUGUCGACUGCUGGACCGUUUAGGGGAAUUCGAUCCUAACAAAAGUACGUUGCAGCACGAUAUUUUGUUGAUUGAUCAGUUUUAUUCUCAUUGUGCGUGGAUCGCGUUCAUGGUUCACCUGUCCUAA